GCGCAUCCCACCACCACCUCCUCCUCCUCCUCCUCCACCUCCUCCCAGCGUGUGAGAGCGAUCGGAGCACACAGAGCCACGGAACAGCACCGCUCGCCUAGUCUCGUCUCCCCCUCCAGCCACGGAGCAGCGGCAGCAGCAGCAGAAGCCAGCGAGCCCCCCCCCUCUCCGUGGAAGCGGAUGUUGUGAGCUGUGACCUUAUGAGCACGUGGCCUUGAAGAAAACCUCAGCACAGGAGGAAUCGUACAGGUUUUGACAGAGCGGGGGCACAGGCGUUAGAGAAGACUCGCCAAGAUGGUGGCCCUUUCGCUCAAGAUCUGCGUGCGGCACUGCAACGUGGUGAAGACCAUGCAGUUCGAGCCGUCCACCGUGGUGUGGGACGCCUGCCGCAUCAUCCGCGAGCGGGUUCCCGAGGCCCAGUCCGGCGAAGUGAUGGACUUUGGGUUGUUCUUGGCGGACGAGGACCCCAAGAAGGGCAUCUGGCUGGAGGGAGAGCGCAAUCUGGAUUACUACAUGCUGCGGGACGGGGACCUGCUCGAGUACAAGCGCAAGGUGCGCCCUCUCAAGGUGCGCAUGCUUGAUGGCAUGAUCAAGACUGUGAUGGUCGACGACUCCAAGACGGUCGGGGAUCUGCUCAUCACCAUCUGCACGCGCAUCGGCAUCACAAACUAUGACGAGUACUCGUUGAUCUGGGAGGGUGGCGGCGAGGAGAGGAAGGAGGAUGGCCCCACGUCGCCGCGCACGGGCACGCUGAAGGGUGGCACGCCGCGCACGGGCACGCUCAAGGGUGGCACGCUGCGGUCGGGCACGCUCAAGAAGGACCGCACGCUGCUGCGCGACGAGAAGAAGAUGGAGAAGCUCAAGCAUAAGCUGCACACGGACGACGAACUGAACUGGGUGGACCACGGGCGCACGCUACGCGAGCAGGGUGUGGAGGAGAACGAGACGCUACUGCUGAGACGCAAGUUUUUCUACUCGGACCAGAAUGUGGAUUCACGUGAUCCUGUUCAGCUCAAUCUGCUCUACGUGCAGGCUCGAGAUGACAUCCUCAACGGCUCGCACCCCGUCUCGUUCGACAAGGCGUGCGAGUUCGCCGGCAUUCAGGCGCAGAUCCAGUUUGGGCCACACGUGGAACACAAGCACAAGGCUGGCUUCCUGGAUUUAAAGGAGUUUUUGCCCAAGGAGUAUGUGAAACAGAAAGGAUCAGAAAAGAAGAUUUUUCAGGCUCACAAGGAGUGCGGCGAGUUCAAUGAGAUCACGGCCAAGUCCAAGUACGUGAAGUUGGCUCGCUCGCUGCGUACCUACGGAGUGUCCUUCUUCCUCGUGAAGGAAAAGAUGAAGAGCAAGAACAAGCUGGUGCCUCGCCUGCUGGGCGUCACCAAGGAGUCGGUGCUGCGUGUGGACGAGCGCACCAAGGAGGUGAUGCAGGAGUGGCCGCUCACCACCGUCAAGCGCUGGGCCGCCUCGCCCAAGAGCUUCACCCUCGACUUUGGCGACUACCAAGUGGGAUACUACUCAGUGCAGACGACAGAAGGCGAGCAAAUUUCCCAGCUCAUCGCUGGAUACAUUGACAUCAUCCUCAAAAAGAAACAAGCAAAGGACAGGUUUGGGCUGGAGGGCGAUGAGGAAUCUACGAUGCUCGAAGAAUCCGUCUCGCCCAAAAAGUCCACCAUCCUGCAGCAGCAGUACAACCGCGUGGGCAAGGUGGAGCAUGCCUCCGUGGCGCUGCCGGCCAUCAUGAGGCCGGGCGCGGGCGGGCCGGACACCGUCAACUGGGGCAUGAUGCCCGUGGCCCAGCAGCAGGUCACCAGCGGACAGAUGCACAAGGGUCACAUGCCCCCGCUGUCUUCAGCGCAGCAGGCUCUCGUGGGCACCAUAACAUCCAGCAUGCAGGCCGUGCAGCAGGCACACGGGGACCUGGGAGACAUGGAUUCCCUGCCACCCCUUGGCGAUGACGCUGAAUCCCAGUCGUGGCGUCGGAACAAGAUGGACGAGUCCAAGCAUGAGAUCCACUCGCAGGUGGACGCCAUCACCGCUCACACGGCUUCCGUCGUCAACCUCACCGCAGGAGACCCCGCAGACACGGACUACACGGCCGUGGGCUGCGCCGUCACCACCAUCUCGUCCAACCUGACGGAGAUGUCCAAGGGCGUGCGCCUGCUCGCUGCGCUACUCGACGAUGAGGGGGCCAACGGGCAGGACCUGAUGCAGGCGGCACGAGGCCUCGCGUCCGCUGUGUCCGACCUGCUCAAGACGGUCGACCCCAGCACGGCCGAGCCCCGGCAGAGCGUUUUGACUGCGGCCGGGAACGUCGGGCAGGCAAGCGGGGAGUUGCUGAGGACAAUCGGAGAGGACGAAGCCGACCAAAGCUUCCAGGACAUGCUGAUGCAGCUCGCCAAAGCCGUGGCCAAUGCAGCCGCCACCCUGGUGCUCAAGGCGAAGAACGUGGCUCAGCGUACCGAGGACCCGGCGCAGCAGAACCGUGUGAUCGCCGCCGCCACCCAGUGCGCCCUCUCCACCUCGCAGCUCGUCGCCUGCACCAAGGUGGUGGGUCCCACCAUCCGCUCGCCGGCGUGCCAGGAGCAGCUGAUGGAGGCGGGCAAGCUGGUUGCGCGCGCCGUCGAGGGCUGCGUGCAGGCGUCGCAGGACGCCACCGAAGAGGAGGAGCUGCUGCGCCAGGUGGGCGAGGCCGCCACUGCCGUCACGCAGGCCCUCAACGACUUGCUGCGCCACGUGCGCCAGUACGCCGCCAGCCUCACGGGCCGCGCGGGCCCGGGCGGACGCGUUGAGGAUGAGGAGGACGAAGAGGAGGAGGAGGAGGAAGAAGAAGAAGACGAGGAAGAGGAGGAGGAAGAAGAGGAACUGCAGACGGAACCGUACGUCCAGGCCACUGACACCAUCCUCACGGCCACGGAGAACAUCUUCGGCUCCAUGGGCGACGCUGGCGAGAUGGUGCGACAGGCUCGCCUGCUGGCCCAGGCCACGUCGGACCUCGUCAAUGCCAUCAAGGCGGACGCCGAGGCCGAGCAGGACCAGGAGAACGUCCGUAACCUCCUGGCGGCGGCACGGGUGCUGGCGGACGCCACGGCGCGCAUGGUCGAGGCCGCCAAGGGAGCGGCAGCCAACCCGGAGAACGAGGAGCAGCAGCAGAAGCUGCGGGAGGCAGCCGAGGGCCUGCGCGUCGCCACCAACAUCGCGGCACAAAACGCCAUCAAGAAAAAACUCACCAACCGCCUCGAGCAAGCAGCGAAGCAGGCAGCCGCUGCCUCCACGCAGACCAUCGCGGCAGCGCAGCACGCCGCCUCCUCCAACAAGAGCCCCAACUCACAGCAGCAGCUGGUGCAGAGCUGCAAGGUGGUGGCGGACCACAUCCCCCAGCUCGUGCAGAGCGUGCGGGAAAGCCAGUCGACCCCGGACAGCCAGCAGGCCCAGCAGAGCCUCAUCACGUCCAGCCUCGGCUUCCUGCAGCCCGGCAACCAUCUGGUGGCAUCGGCCCGUGCCGCCGUGCCGACGGUGGAGAACCAGGCGUCGUCAAACCAGCUGGGCACUUGCGCCAAGAACCUGGCAGCCUGCCUGUCCGAGCUUCGCGCCGCCGCGCACAAGGCCCAGCAGGCGUGCAGCCCCACGGAGGGGCAAGACUCGGCGCUGGAGCUCGUGCGAGCGCUGGAGAAUGAGCUGGAGGAGGCCAAGACCGAAGUGGCGCAGGGGCGCCUCAAACCGCUGCCUGGCGAGACGCUGGAGUCCUGCUCUCUCGAGUUGGGUUCCGCCUCCAAGACCGUGGGCUCUGCCAUCGCACAGCUCCUCACUGCCGCCUCGCAAGGAGACGAGAGCUUCACCGACCACGCGGCACAUGAGGCGGCGGAGGCCCUGCGCGGGUUGGCCGCGGCGGCCCGUGGGGUGGCGGCCAACACGGCCGACCCCCUGGCCCAAGAGGCCGCCCUGGAGACGGCGCGCGACGUCAUGGACAAGUCGGCCAACCUCCUGCAGGAGGCCCGCAAGGCGGCCGCCAACCCCGGCGAUCCCGACAACCAGCAGCGCCUCGCACAGGUAGCCAAGGCAGUGUCCCUGGCUCUCAACAACUGCGUGAACUCGCUGCCGGGGCAGAAGGAUGUCGACUCCGCGCUGCGAAACAUCAACGACGCCAGCAAGCGCCUACAGGCCGACUCGUUCCCACCGAGUGGCCGCUCGUACCACGAGGCGCAGAGCGGCCUCACGCAGGCAGCCGCCGGCCUCAACCAGGCCACGGGCCGCGUGGUGCACGCCUCCCACGGCUCCAGCCGCGAGCUCGCCACGGCCUCCGGGCGCUUCGGCCGAGACUUCUCCGACUUCCUCGACGCCGGCAUCGAGAUGGCCGGCCUCACACAGACUAAGGAGGACCAGGUGCAGGUGAUUGGGAACCUCAAGAACAUCUCGGUGUCCUCCUCCAAGCUUUUGAUGGCAGCCAAGUCGAUGGUGAUUGACCCUGCAGCCCCGAACGUGAAGAACCAGCUUGCGUCUGCCGCCAGGGCAGUGACGGACAGCAUCAACCUGCUCAUCAGCAUGUGCACACAGCAAGCGCCCGGCCAGAGGGAGUGCGACAAUGCCCUGCGUCAACUCGAGGCUGUGCGUGGGAUGUUGGACAAUCCGACUGAGCCGGUCAAUGACCUUUCCUACUUUGACUGCAUCGAAAGUGUCAUGGACAACUCCAAGGUGCUGGGUGAGGCGAUGGCUGGCAUCUCCCAGCACGCCAAGACUACCGAUCUGCCUGCAUUCGGCGAGUCCAUCGGUUCCGCGUCAAAGGCCCUCUGUGGCCUCACGGAGGCUGCGGCCCAGUCGGCGUACCUUGUGGGCGUUUCGGACCCAGGCAGCCGACCCGGCCAGCAAGGUGUGGUGGAUCCGGCUCAGUUUUCACGCGCUUACCAAGCCAUCCAAGUGGCCUGCCAGAGCCUUCUGGACCCCGCCAGCAACCAGUCUCAGGUGCUGUCAGCAGCGACGAUCGUGGCCAAGCACACGUCGGCGCUGUGCAACGCGUGCCGCGUGGCCUCAGCGCGCACCCCCAACCCGGCCGCCAAGCGCCACUUUGUGCAGUCUGCUAAGGAGGUGGCCAACAGCACCGCCAACCUGGUGAAGACCAUCAAGGCACUGGAUGGGGACUUCUCGGAGGAGAAUCGUGAGCAGUGCCGGACGGCCACGAGCCCCCUCCUAGAGGCGGUCGAGAGCCUCGCCGCCUUCGCCUCCAACCCGGAGUUCGCCAGCGUCCCUGCACACAUCAGCCCCCAGGGCCGCGAGGCGCGGGAGCCCAUCCUGGCUUCCGGGCGCUCCAUGCUGGAUGGGUCCAGCGCUCUCGUGCGGACCGCCCGCUCGCUCGCGCUCAACCCCAAAGACCCGCCGUCCUGGGCCAUCCUCGCUGGGCACUCACGCCUCGUGUCCGACUCCAUCAAGAAGCUCAUCACCUCCAUCAGAGACCGUGCGCCUGGGCAGAGGGAGUGCGACGAGGCCAUCGACACGGUCAACGGCUGCGUCCGAGACAUCGACCAGGCAUCCAUGUCGGCCAUGAGCAACAACCUCUCGCCCCGAGAGGACGUCUCUGCCGAGGCCCUUCAGGAGCAGCUGAUGGCAGCCGUGCAGGACGUGGGCUCGCUGGUGGAGCCUGUGGCGAUGGCAGCUCAUGCCGAGGUCUCUCACCUGGGCGGCAAGGUGUCCCAGCUGGCGGGCCACUUUGAGCCGCUGACCCAGGCGGCUAUCGGGCUGGCCUCCCGGACGGGCACGCAGCCGCGGCAGAUGGCCAUCCUGGACCAGACCAAGACGCUGGCCGAGUCGGCGCUGCAGAUGCUGUACGCGGCAAAGGAGGGCGGAGGCAACCCCAAGGAUUACUCGCUGCACAUUCACGGAUGGGACAACGGCCAUGCCUGUCCCCAGAUGGCGUCGCAGGCCCACGCUGCCAUCGAGGAGGCCAGCCAGCUGAUGCGGGACGCGGUGGACGAUAUCCGCGCCACCCUCAAUGAGGCGGGUUGUGACGGAGGCGAGGUGGGCGGGAUGGUGGAGACGCUCACUCGCUCCCUCAACCAGCUGGAGGAGGGCUCCCCCGUGCAAGUGGAGGGCAGCUUUGUGGACUAUCAGACUGUCAUGGUGAAAACAGUGAAAGCCAUCGCGGUGACCGCACAAGAGAUGGUCACCAAGUCUGUGAGCAGCCCCGAGGAGCUGGGUCCACUGGCCAGUCAGCUGACUGUGGACUACAGCCAGCUGGCCCUGCAGAGCCGGCCGGCUGCCGUUGCUGCCGAAAACGAGGAGGUCGGCACCCAAAUCCGCGGGCGCGUGCACGAGCUGGGCCGCAGCUGCGUGCUGCUGGUGCAGCGGGCGGGCGCCCUGCAAGGCGACCCGGACGACGGCUUCGCCAAGCGGGAGCUGGUGGAGAGCGCUCGCCGCGUCACCGAGAAGGUAUCGCUGGUGCUGGCGGCGCUGCAGGCGGGAAACCGCGGCACCCAGGCGUGCAUCACGGCCGGCAGCGCCGUGUCGGGCAUCAUCGCAGACCUCGACACCACCAUCAUGUUCGCGUCGGCCGGCACGCUCAACGCCGAGGGGGAGGAGUCGUUUGCCGACCACCGGGAGAACAUCCUGAAGACAGCCAAGGCCCUGGUGGAGGACACCAAGAUGCUGGUGGCGGGGGCGGGCGCCAGCCAGGAGAAGCUGGCCCAGGCCGCGCAGUCCUCGGUCGCCACCAUCACCGACCUGGCUGAGGCCGUGAAGCUCGGAGCUGCGAGCCUCGGCUCCCACGACCCCGAGACGCAGGUGGUGCUGAUCAACGCGGUGAAGGACGUGGCCAAGGCUCUGGCGGAGCUCAUCAGCGCCACCAAAUCUGCGGCCGGAAAACCUUCGGAUGACGCCUCCAUGCACCAGCUCAAGGGAGCUGCCAAGGUGAUGGUGACGAACGUGACGUCGCUGCUCAAGACCGUGAAGGCCGUGGAGGACGAGGCGACCAGGGGAACGCGCGCCCUGGAGGCCACCAUCGAGUGCAUCAAGCAGGAGCUCACGGUGUUUGAGUCCAACGACAGACCGGUGGCCGCCUCCACGCCGGAGGAAUUCAUCCGCAUGACCAAGGGCAUCACGCUCGCCACGGCCAAAGCCGUCGCCGCCGGGAACUCGUGCCGCCAGGAGGACAUCAUCGCCACGGCCAACCUGAGCCGCAAGGCCAUCUCCGACAUGCUGUCCUCGUGCAAGAGGGCGGCGUACCACCCGGACGUGAGCGAGGACGUCCGCUCCAGGGCUCUGCGCUUCGGCCGCGAGUGCACUGUGGGCUAUCUGGAGCUGCUGGAACACGUGCUGGUGAUCCUGCAGCGACCCACGGCUGAGCUGAAGCUCCAGUUGGCUGCCUUCUCCAAACGCGUCGCCAACUCCGUCACCGAGCUCAUCCAAGCAGCCGAGGCCAUGAAAGGCACAGAGUGGGUGGACCCCGAGGACCCCACGGUUAUCGCGGAGGCCGAGCUGCUGGGAGCCGCUGCCGCCAUCGAGGCCGCGGCAAAGAAGCUGGAGCAGCUGAAGCCGCGUGCCAAGCCCAAGGAGGCGGACGAGUCGCUCAACUUUGAGGAGCAGAUUCUGGAGGCGGCGAAGGCGAUCGCGGCGGCCACGAGCGCCCUCGUCAAGUCAGCUUCAGCCGCACAGCGCGAGCUCGUCGCUCAGGGCAAGGUCGGAGCCAUUCCUGCUAAUGCAGCAGAUGACGGGCAGUGGUCCCAGGGUCUCAUCUCAGCGGCACGCAUGGUGGCGGCCGCCACGAGCAGCCUGUGCGAGGCGGCCAACGCGGCCGUUCAGGGCCACGCGAGCGAAGAGAAGCUCAUCUCGUCCGCCAAGCAGGUGGCCGCCUCCACGGCGCAACUGCUCGUCGCCUGCAAGGUCAAGGCCGACGCCGACUCCGAGGCCAUGCGGCGGCUGCAAGCCGCCGGCAAUGCGGUCAAGCGAGCAUCCGACAACCUCGUGAGGGCUGCCCAGAAGGCAGCGUUCGAGCAGCAGGAGGAAACCAACGUCAUCGUCAAGUCGCACUUUGUGGGUGGCAUCGCGCAGGUUUUCAGAAAUGAGCUUUGCUCGUGGAGGAGUGGCAGCCUCGAGAACUAUAGUUACUCUUACAGUUACAAUUAUAAUAGCGGCGCAGGAGGAGAUGCUGAGAAAGGAGCGCGAAUUGGAGGAGGCCCGCAAGAAGCUGGCUCAAAUACGGCAGCAGCAGUACAAGUUCCUCCCCUCGGAGCUCCGGGACGACCAGGAGUGAACCAGAUGCCCCCCCCUGGCAUGACCGACACCGAUGCCACCUUGUGGCCGAACAGUCCCACUCUCUCCUCCACCAGUGCCAACUCCUUGCUCUCCUCUGUGCCAAAAUCCCUUUUCGGUGAUGCUGAAUGCCCGUCCUCCUUGUACGUUGCCACUCGUUUGUUUGUCAGUACGCAAGACAUGAAAGAUUUAGAAGCCCAGUUUGCCAGUCAGGUUGCUGGAGCUUCAAAUCCUCUCCGUGCUGAGUUUGACCUCUUCUCCUCCUCUGCCAAUUCUUGCCCUGAAAUAAAUGUUCCCAUUGCCAAGUCCUCAGUGCCAGAUGCUGGAGACUGCCACCCUGGUUCCACGUCUUUAAAAACUGAUGGUACCUCUUCAUAAACUGGUGUCUCCCCCACCUCCUGUUUAGGUGGAAAGUCACCCAGUAAAGAUGCCAGCCAUUAAAGCCUGCAGCACUUGCGGCUUUUAGCCAGUCUGUUGGCAAAAAUGAUGGAAAUGCUUAUUAUCGCUGAACUCUUUUGGCUCGUUUUAGUUUUGUAUUGCUGGGAAAACGUGUUUUAGUCAAAUAAAAACAGCACAAAUGCAGCUAGAAUUUUUUUUUUGCUAUUUCCCAACGCUUGUCCACGUCUGUCAGUUGGUUGUUUAGUUAUCUCUGAAUGUGAGAUCGUACAUUCUGGGGCUAAAACAAAUAUACAGAAUGACAACCAAAAUGAUCACCUGUUGCUUUAAGACUAGGUAGCUCAUCCACACCUCUUGAUUAAAAAUGUGCAUGUGAUGGGCAGUGAUAUUUCUGUGGAUGAUGCUUCUGGCCUUCAAAUUCUGAAAAAAUUGCGAUUAACUCUUUUGUGAACCAACUUUUUUUUCGCUAGUAAAUUCGCCCACUGAUGACAUGCAUGUAUAUGCCCACCAUUUCUAGUCGCUAAAACUGGACUGAAUGAAUACUCUGGAAUAGGUCAAACUGUUCCCUGGCUGCAGAUUUCCUUAACAGUGUGCACCAAGUAUGUUCCAUGUAAACUAAAUAGUGGGUGCGUUAGGGGAGCAGCAGUAUAGUGGUGAGUUGAUUUCGCUACGAACCUGGUGACACCGAGUUCGAUUUCUGCUCACGGCCAACAUCGGGGACGAUUAUCUGAACAGGUCCCGGGCCUCCCCUAGGUCGACUCGGCCUCAAGGAAGUACCUGUUGCGAAGUGCAAACAUCGCCACGAGAGAGAAAGGUGGCCGGGCGUUGUUGCUGUGACCACCUGUCCUCUCGUGUGUCGUGCCGGCCUUCAGAGGUGCUCGCUAAUCGCACUUGCCCCUACAGUCUGUUCAGGCUUUACGGGGGAUCUUUGUCUUUUUGUCUCGUGUGCCAUGCCCAGCCUUUGUGUGAUCUCUAACAGCACCUGCCCCCAACAGUCUGUUGCGACUAUAUGGGAGGAUGUUUGUUUUUUUGUGUUGUAAGUGUGUGCAAAAAAAGACACUCGCACAUUAGCAAACUCUUUCAAACUCUCCGCUCGGUUUCCAACACCUGCUGUGGACAUAAUGGAAAGUCAUAGCCCAUCAUUGCUCAGCCUUGCCCGAAUUAGAUUUACCAGCCAAGGCAUUGGCAAGUCUUGCAAUGAUCAUGGAGACCCAGGUCUGCCCGAGACAAUUGAGUCACGACUACAUUGUUUUGAAUAAGCAUCGUGACAGUUACCUGCAAAUGUAAGAAAAGCACUGCCGCUAACACUAACUCCCACUUCGCGUGAAGUGAACAUUAUGUAACUCUUUAUGGUGCUGCCCAGAUGUGUUAAGAAUAAUAAGCACACGCUCAUGAGAAAAUUACUUUUGCAUUGAUUGUUUUCCUGAAUUAAAUGUGUUUUCUUUCUUCGCUUGCUUUGAUCUGAUUAGCGUUAAUUAGCACAAUUCAAAGCACACACAAACACCUGCAAAAUAUGGUAGACUCAUUAACUCGUAUUCCUUUCUGUUCAGCAUAAUCUUUAUCACGAAAUGCAAGGUUGCAACACAACGUUAUCCCUCGGCUUCGAAUCUGAUAUGCGGCUGUGUAGGUUUCUUUGGCGAGCCGACACAUAAGCAUCGAUUCCCCCGGCACAUUCUUACAAUUAUUGUUAUCGUCACGAGACGAGAAGUCGUACGUGGUUACGAUAAUCUUGAAACAUUCACAGUAUUACGAACGUACACGCUUGACCGCUGUGAUGUGUGUGUGUGUCGUGUGCCAGAGGGACGUAUCUUAGUCCCACUUCAUCUCUCCUCGUAUAAAUUGCAUUGGGACGGACAGCAUGUUUUUGCAAGUGGAAGAGCGCUCCAUCAUAACUCGCAUCGUCAAACAUGUGGUGCUCUCGUUUGAUUUAUUAUUAUUAUUUGCAAAGCGGGAAUACAAUAGAAACACAACAAUGCUCACUUACCUUCAACUUUUAACAAGAUUUUUAUGAUAAAUGUAUUUACAGUAUUCUUAUAUUCCUAAUUUUAAAAAAGAGCGUGUUAUGUAAGUUCGGGUUUUUUUUUUGGCACGCACAGUAUACAAUCGUGCAUAUAUCUUCAAGUUUUAAACAAAUCCCAGAGCUCAUAUGUACCAACAUUGUUACGCAGCUUAACGUGUAAGCCAUACUCCUAUGCAUAUAACCCUAUACGCCAUCGUAGUGUUGUUCCCCUGCACACGUUUGUCUCUGAUGCCCUCCCUGGUUUGUGGCUGGGUUGUCAUUUUAAGCAAAAAAAAAUCCGUGUAUAAACCGCCAUACCUUUUAAGCCGUGUUACCUGGAAAGUUGAAAGUGUACCGUUGUAAGGAAAUGCAGUGUAUAUUCCUAAUCAUUAAAAAAAUUAUAAUAAACGUAAGCAUUUCUUCUUAA